AUGACUGAUCAAGAUCAAGGAGGCGCCGUUACUAUCUACAGUGGGACGGCGAUAACCGACGCCGCCAAGAAAAACCACCCCUUCUCCGUCAAGGUCGGAUUAGCUCAGGUCCUCCGCGGCGGCGCCAUUGUCGAUGUCUCCUCCGUAGACCAGGCAAAAAUCGCAGAAUCUGCCGGCGCAUGCGCUGUGAUCGUCUCAGAUCCGGUUCGAUCUCCCGCUGGCGUCCGCCGGAUGCCGGAUCCGGUUCUCAUAAAAGAUGUGAAACUAGCCGUAUCGAUCCCGGUGAUGGCGCGCGCUCGCGUCGGCCAUUUCGUCGAGGCUCAGAUUCUAGAAUCUCUCGCCGUUGAUUACAUCGACGAGAGCGAGAUCAUCUCCGUCGCGGACGAAGACAAUUUCAUCAACAAACACAACUUCCGAUCUCCGUUCAUAUGCGGCUGCCGCGACACCGGCGAGGCCCUGAGGCGGAUCCGAGAAGGUGCCGCGAUGAUCAGGAUCCAAGGAGAUCUGGACGGAUCAGGGAACAUUGCGGAGACGGUGAGGAACAUUAGGUCACUGAUGGGCCAAGUCAGAGUCCUGAACAACAUGGACGACGACGAGGUGUUCACAUUCGCGAAGAAGAUCUCAGCACCGUACGAUCUCGUGGCGCAGACGAAGCAGAUGGGGAGAGUUCCGGUUGUGCAAUUCGCGUCAGGCGGGAUCACGACUCCGGCCGAUGCGGCGAUGAUGAUGCAGCUAGGUUGCGAUGGAGUCUUCGUGGGUCCGGAGGUUUUCGACGGUCCGGAUCCGUUCAAGAAGAUUAGAGGGAUUGUGCAAGCUGUUCAGCAUUACAACGAUCCUCAUGUGUUGGCUAAGAUGAGCUCUGGGCUCCGGAGUAGUGCAAUGGAAGGCUCAAGCGCUCGUGGUGACAGGAUUCAAGGUUCUACUAGCCAAGGACGUGUUUGA